AUGGCCUCUGGUGGUGGCGCCAUCACCGCCAAACACUUUGGGUACCGAAUCACCGACAACACGGGCAUGCUCGUCGUGCGCCAGUGGAUUGAUGCGGACAGGGUCCAGGAGCCCAUUCCCCUGAACGCGCACGUCCGGGCGUCUGGCACAGUGAAUGUGUGGCAGCAGACCCCAAUCGUCACGGGUACCGUGGUGAGCAUGGCGGACAGCAACGAGAUGAACUACCACAUGUUGGACGCCAUUCUGACGCACUUCCGCCUGACACAGGGCAACAAGCGUACCCAGCACAGUGGGGCCUCAGUGCAGAACACGGCCUCGGCGGUUGGCAUGCACAAUAUGCUGCCUGGAGGCGACAACAAAGUGUUGCUGACGGACCUCCUCGUCUCCUUCAUCAAGCAGCAUGGAAGCGGUGGGGCAGGCAUGUCGAUGGAUGAACUAACCAUGGCAGCGCAGCGCUACAGCUUCACUCAUGGCGACGUGCGCACGGCGAUGCGGACGCUGGCAGCGGAGGGAAAAGUGUACCAGACCCACGACAACCGAUUCAACAUCUGA